CUGUUUUUAAAGCAUCAUAAUUCAUAACCUCACUUUUGACAGUAACAUAACCUCAUUGUCACAUGUGUUUUUAAAGGGUGCCAAAAAUGGUGAAAGCACCGUCGUUUGAGGUAAUAGCGGGCAGCUAUGAGGAGUUUCUCCUGGGGUACAACUUCUCGUCAAAGGAAAACCAACUAGUUCAAAGCUUUGCGGCUCACGAUCACUCGGCAAGCGUCCGCUGCGUGGCCCUGUCAGGCCCCUAUUUGGCGUCAGGGGGCGCCGACGACCGUAUUUUUAUCUACGACUUGAAGUCGCGUAAACAACACUGCACCCUAACCCACCACGAUGCCACAAUAACAUGCCUCCAGUUCACCGAAAAUCACUCACAUUUAAUAAGCGGCAGUUCGGACGGGGUUUUGGCCAUUGUGAGGGUUGGGAACUGGCAGUUGGAGAAAGUUUGGGAAAAAGCACACAAGGGGGCCGCUAUUUUGGACAUUGCUGUGCACAAUUCAGGCAAGUUGGCGUUGAGUUUGGGGGCGGAUUGCCACUUGUGUACCUGGAAUCUGGUCAAGGGGCGUCAGGCCUACGUCAUCAAUUUGAGCAACAAAUGUAAAAAUGCCAGAAGUUUGGAGAGGAUUUCGUGGGCCCCUGAUGAGGUCCGCUUUUUGUUGUAUGGGGGCAAGUUUACGGAAAUUUGGAGUAUUGAGACUGGGGGUGUGUUGAAACAGGUGGAGCACGGGGAAAAGGUGACAGCGUGUGUCUGGUUAAGUGAUUCAGUUUUGUUAGUGGGGCACGAGAAUGGGGAAGUUUCCGUCUUGAACCUCGAAGACAAUAGUACAGAAGUGUUCAAAGCACAUGGGUCUAGAAUCAAAGGAAUUGCUUUGUAUAAGAAGAAGAUUAUCACUAUUUCGAGUGGUGGAGAAAUUAAAGUUUGGAAUAAAGAUUUUGAAGAGUUGGCAGUGAUUGAAAGUGGGUGUCGGCUCACUUGUCUCUGCGUGGUGCCCCCUGUUAAGGUCAAAAGUGAAGAAAAUACAAACGAAGAAAGUGUCUCUCAGACAAAUACGGAAGUUACGGAAAAUAAGAAAAUUGUAAAGGCGCAAGUGGUUGAGGAAAUUGAAGAUAAUGAUGAAGAAAUUCAAGUGAGGAAAAGUAAAAAGAAGAAGGUUGUUUUGGAGGGUCAUGAACAAAGGGUGAAGAAAAAGAAGAAAAAGACGUAACUGUUUAACGUUAAUUGUAACAAUUAUUCCGUAAAUAUACAAUAAGCAAACAAA